GAAACUGGCAAGGGCGCACCUGAAAGAGCUAGUGUUUUACGUACUCAUGUGCUUUAGUAGAGAAUUUGGCAGAUACUUCCAAUCAUCAAAAUUAAGUCCUCGGGGGGAAAAGGAGUAUCAACAAUAGAUAUAGAUUUUUGUUGAUGUGAAUUUGAUUAAUUCCGUGGGCCCUCGUGUUCUAUCACUAGAUAUUUAAAAUCGGGGACGGGGGUGAAGGGCUUAUAAUAUCCAGAAAUAAUUUUUUAACCGUCAAUCAUUUGUCCUGAUUUUACCGAAGUCCAUUGACACCAACUAUCCUGUGGAAAAAGAAACAUUUCUGAUACUGUUAUUGUAUUCAGACGAGUUUUUAGUGGCCUAUGUUGAGUUAAACAACAAGGUUUACUGUUGGAUAGGUUGUGUAAGACUAUGCGUCCGAAGGUAAUCAGCAAUAUUCAUUUGUACUUUAGACCUCGUCCGUUUACCGGCAAGGGGAGGGAACUCUAGUUAACUGAGGCGAGAUGAUACUGUAUGUAAUUGGAGCAAUUUUAGUCAUUCUGGUUGUGGGCUGGUUCUCAAAAGCAGACCCGCCAGCAAAAUGUGGAAUAUAUACACAGCCGAACAAGUGGUAUCCUCUCAAGUACUACAUUUUUCUGUUAAUGCUAAAAUUAAGACAAAGAAAAAACGCGAAGAUGAACACGGCGACAGGUGAGAAUGCUGGAUACGGUGUUAGGUCCAGAUCAAACGUAACAGACAUGGAAAAGGCACAGACACUGCCUCAAGAUCAACCAAAGGCAGUUGAUGCUGUAUACUUUAAUGGGGGGAAUAAGGAUGGUCAAUAUAUGGUGGCAGCCACGGCGAGGAGACAGAAUAAUGUGGUUCAGACUGUCCUAUACCUCAGGCUUCCUGGUGUUGGUUUGUUGGAGAUUCCUUCCAAACCCGACACUAAGCUCCAGGGCACAGAUCCAGAGGCCUUUGCAGCAGGAGGACUGACGCUUGAGCCAGUGGAUCCUAUGAAGACCUGGAAAAUAUCCUACAAAGGCAAACUAAGAAAUCAUGAAACUCUAAAAGAGCUGGAGGUGACCUUUGACCUAACCUGGACAGCCUUUACACCAUACUUUGAUUUUGACACGGACCUCCACCCUAAUGUCAUGGCAGAAUCUAUCUCUAAAGAAAAGUGGUCCAGGAAAUAUUUUGAUGUUCUUCAAAGUGUCCAUCAAACCCAUUAUGAGCAGUUUGGAGAAAUAACAGGCAUAGUCAAUAUAGCAGGUGUUGGAGAUAAGACCAUCAAAGUUCAGGGAGUCCGAGACCAUUCCUAUGGAAAUGUUCGUGAUUGGCGAUACUUCCACAGGUACGCAAUCACCUAUGCCACACUGGUUGACAAGACAGCUAUCUGUAUAGGCUGUAUAUCCAUGCCCAUUACCAUGACCAGUCUAACGAUUGGCUAUGUGAUUCAUCCUGAUGGUACUAAGGAACCAGUGUCGUCGUCAGAGUUCCAGUUAGCUGAUCAUGGAGAAGAUGGACACCCACCCAAAGAGCUGUCUUUUAAAUUCACUGCAGGAGAGAAAGAGUACAAUAUGACAUGUACAGUUGUGGAAGCUCCGAUCUUCUACAUUGGUGAGGGCCGGGAUGCCAAGAUUCAUGAACGUUUGUGUACCUACGAUAUCAAUGGUGUACCUGGCUGGGGCAUCAGUGAAUGGGAUUACAGGCCCAAAAAGAUAAGGAAGACAUUUCGCAGGGAGUCUUCUUAUCAGCUGUUUACUUGACUAUCUACAGACAAUUUGACAUCAACAAGCCAAAGUUAAGGCGCGUUUUAAUGAGACAGGAUGCAUAUACUUACUAUUUCAGUUCUGACCAUUGUGGUUGGUCAGAUUUGUACAGAUGGUGUACAAGAUGAAUAUUCCAAAGAUCAAGACCUGGAAUCUCUGAAACUUCAGGUCCAACGACUGUCCGUUCUCAGUCAGGAAAAUCAACAGAAAAUCCAGCGUUUGGAAAGUUUAUAUAUAAGUGAGCGUAAUGAACGUCUAGCCUUGGAAAAAUCCCUUGCUGAACUGCAGUAUUCGCAAAA